CUAACCUUAAAAUAUUUUAUUUAUCGUAUUGGAUCAAGGGAGGAUGCAAAUUUUUUCUCGACAAGUUUCGUAUCAGAAUGUCUAGUUAGAUGUUUGCUAAAGGACUUUGAAAGGGCGUACGUGUUAUCACGUACUUUUAUUUCUGUCAUUCGUGUCGGAUCUUAGUUCUUACUGGGAAAACUGAGGUAUAUGGAUUGCUGUGGAAAGUACUGCUUGUGUUCGAAAGAUGGGUCAUGGUUCGAGCCGUUCCGCUUCAUCCGCAAAUAUUCUUUCCGCGGACGAGCUGACCUUGGUGGAGAAUCUGUUCAAGUCCAUGUCUCGAAGUUCAGGCUCCAUAAAACGCGAAGAUAUAUUUAAACACUGGUCUACCCAUUUAGACGAUGUACUAUUGCAAUUUGUAGUAAAGUUCCUUUGUCAUGAACCAGGAAAGAGAGUGUCUGCUAUUAAUGGAGAGAAUUUUGGCAGACUAUAUGUGUUUGCUGUUCGUGGAAGUCCAGAGGAGAGAACUAGCCUGAUUUUUAAUGGUUUCUCAGAAGAGGAACAGAAACAUGAAAUACCUACCACAACGUUCCUUCAAUAUGUUCAAGCUACUAUAAAUUCCUACUUGAGACUGCAAAAAAACUCAGGAAAUGCACAUUAUUUAACAUGGAGUAGCAUUGGUUGCACAGUAAAUACUAGGAGGAUAGGAAUGAGGUCCAGAAGUUUGUGUGAAGAUCUAGUCAAAUAUGGAGAUACACUAACCAUUGAUCAAAUAGAGAACUGGUUCUCGUCAACAGUUACUUUCAAGACCAUUCAGUCGCACGUAUUCCAGUGCCUUUUCUUAGUCUCUCAAAAGAAAGGAGAUAAGAAUACGAGUAGUAAAUUAAACGAUUUAAAUCUUUUGCCUGGUUGCAAAGGCUUAGAAAAUAUACCACACUUUCCUAGCAUUCUGGGACUGGGUGAUGUUUUGUUCUUGAAUCUAAGUUUGCCCCAUGAACUUCGCAAUGAAUGGAGAUUUCUAUUUUCUAGUCAAGUGCAUGGGGAAUCAUUUUCUACUAUGCUUGGUAGAAUUACCAUGCAAGGAUCUACCAUUAUAAUACUCCAAGAUACAGAUGACCAUGUAUUUGGUGGUUUUGCCUCAGAUAAUUGGGCACUUGGACCAAAUUUCAUAGGAAAUCAAACCUCCUUUUUGUUUAAACUUGAACCAGAUAUACUCACGUUUCCCUCUGCUGGUUACAAUAACCAUUAUCAAUAUUUAAAUCUUUAUCAACAAACUAUGCCUAAUGGUCUGCUUAUGGGAGGUCAAUUGAAUUACCCAGGUUUAUGGCUGGACUGUGAAUAUGGAACAGGAAAGUCAAGUAUAUCCUGUAUAACCUUCCAGAAUUAUGUACAAUUGAGUGGUAAGGAGAAUUUCAAGCUGAAGCAUUGUGAGGUUUGGGGUGUAGGUCCCCUUCCGCAAGCAGAAGAAGAAGAAGAACGAGAGUCGAAGUCGGUGUUGGAUCAAGAUUCUUCCGCGAAAGUUAUACUGGAGAUGUCUGGCCGUAAGAUGUACAGCGAGAUGUGUGGUUUAAGAGAGAAGAAAGAGUAAUUGUGAUGUUAAAGAUUCUACAGAAAGAACACACAUAUCAGGCUACUCAAAACUGUAUCGGCUUUUUAGAAACG